UACUCGACUCGUUGGCCAGUGCGGUUGGAUUUUUGUGUCGUGGAUCAUUUGCUUAGGACCCACACACACCCAGAAAACUAAUGCUACACAGCAAUGGCGUGCAGUGAUUAUUGGUGAAGUAACUAUACCAAGCGUCGGUGGCAGCAGCCAUACCGCGAAAACAUGUUGUGAAUCCUUGGAGCAAGUCCUCCUUUCGUUCGCUUUCAAUUGAUAAGUUAUUUAAACAUCGGCUGCCUUAAUUUACCCUCCCAGAAGGAACUAGAUAUAGGUCAGUCGUGAGAAAGGCCUCUUCUAUCUCCUUUCAGUGGCCAUUUGUGUAUCUGUGUAUCUGUUGUGUAUCUGUAUGUGAUGUUCAGUGAGUGUAGUGAAUAAUUUUCGUGAAAUUAACCUCCGCGAUUAAGUGUAAUCAUGUGUGCCCAAGUGUUAGUCACUCCUUCUUAAAUAAUGAAGCUCCAGACCCGCUCCCGUACCUCCCGGAUGUGUUAAAUUAUGCAAACAACAAACUCGGAACUCAAACCAUGGCAAAUCAAGUUAACUAGGCACAUGGUACAGUAAUUGCGCUUAAUACAGCGGUUCCAGCUUAAUAAACCAAAAGAUGCCUACACUGUCGGCCCGCCACCAGCCGCCGGAACAGCAGGAACUAGUCGAGCUGGAGAGUCCCGCGUUUGCGAUCGUCUCGAGCGACCACCAUUCGUACCGGGCGAGCAGCCUCGGCAAACCGAACGCGAUCGUACGCCCGCUGCGACACGGCCGCGACCAGCGCGAGGUGAUCGAGGGCCAGCACAUUGUGCACAACCUGCACCCGGACUACAAGCUGCUGCACGAGAUCGAGACACAGCUGAGUCGGCAGAACGGUCGAAAUAGGGAAAACAACGCACAGAACAACAGCAACGGUAAAGGUGAUCGUGGUGGUGAUCCGGCGAAACAGGAGCAGGUAGUACGCGGCAACGGACACUACGUACCGGGUGGUGCGAUCGAGAUCGAAAAGACGACGCAUCAGCAGCCUCAUGUACAUCAUCGUGGCCAGCAGCAUGAGUUUAGCCGCGAGCUGGACGCCAAGCUGAGAAAGCUGCAGAACGAUUCGUCGAAGCGAUCGUCCAAAAAUGGCAGCACGCAGGAGGUAAACACCAGAAAGCGUCCCCUCUUCAUCACAACCGUCCCGAAGGGAGUGUUCCUGCAGCCGACCAAAGAGCUGCCGGCCCUGCUGCCCGGCUCCAGCCAGCGACGGCUGUACGCGUUCGAGAGCCGUCCCCGGAUCCUUACGGCACCCAGCCUCAGUAGCAACCACCACCCACAUCACCAGCACAGCAACAACAACAACAACAACGACAUCAAUCAUCCGAACCACAACCAUCCGGGCGAGUACGUCUGCAAGCAUGGCAGCCACCAUUACGGGAAGCCGAUUGCGCCAAGGAUAUCCCAUCUGCCGCCCGGGGAGGCGGAAACCGUCCGCAAAGUGACGGUAGCGGACCUGCAAUCGAUUGUGGCCAACAGUGGCCACCAGCAGCAGCAGCAGCGGCCACACCAACGCGCGGCAAGAGACCAACAGCAGCAGCAACAGCAACAGCAGCAGCAGCAAAAUGGAGCCUAUCAGAAUGUGAUGCAUGAUCGACGUGUCGUCCGGGGCAGCAAUUAUACCUCAACGAGCAAUUUGCAAGUGGGUGAUGGCGACGGUACGCAGAAGGAGGCCGAAGCGCGCCGCCGCCAGCUGCUGCGCAAGAAGUACGUUUCGCGCAACCAGCGUGGCAUCAUCGGUACACCGCCACCGGUUCGCGGCCGGCGGCACGAAACCGUCCAGACCGAGAAGUAUCUUGAGGAGCUCUUCCUGCAUCCGCCCGAGCUGGAUGCCGGCUGCCAGACGGACCUGUUCCUGCACCGCGCCCCAUCGCCACCGUACGUGCCGGCCAAGACGGGCUGUGACGCGGCGACCGAAAUCCUUGACGGCGAACUGUUCGAUUUCGACACCGAGGUGCAGCCGAUCAUCGAGGUGCUGGUCAGCCGGACACUCGAACAAGCGCUGGUAGAGGUGCUGCACGAGGAAGAGAUUGCCGAGAUGAAGCAACAGCAGCAGAAGAUACUGGCGCUGCGCGAAGCCGAACUGGCCGAGCUGCGCCGGCUCGAGCAGGAGGAGCAGAAGCGACAGACCGAGCGGGACCGACGCUUCCUGCAGGACAAGAUUGCGGCCGAUCUGGACCGCGAGAUGCAGGAGCGCAUUACGGCGGCGAAGCUGCUGCAGGGCCGGCUGGACGAGAUCGUGCCGGAGGUGCUGGCCGCCGUCGACCGGAUCGAGACGGAGAAGGAUCGGGCCGAGUUCGAGCGGCAGAUUACGCCCUGGCUGGCGAAGGAGGUGGCGCACGAGAUUGGCCAGUGGAUCGAUGCGAACGCGCUGCUAGAGGACAUUAUUCGAGAGAUUUUGCUGCACAAAAAGAAGCUCCUGCAGGGCGACACUGCAGGCGACACUGCCGAACAGCCACAGUACGAUGAGGUUGAUCCGGACGAGGAGGUGGAAGCCGAACCGGAAGCUGCCGGGGCGGUUGACGAGGAAGCGGACGAAGACCCGGAACAGGUAGAAGCGGUGCCGGAGGAGGAAGCGGCGCCGGCGGAGCAGGAAGCUCAAAACGGUGAUUCCGAGAAAGCAAUGUGAUAUGGUGUUUGGUGUGCGCUGGCCGUUGGUUGCGGCAUGGAUGGUGUAACGAUUUGUCUGUAAAAAGAAGAAGAAGAAGAAGAAGAAACAUGUUCACAAUGCUAGAAAAAGCAGUUGCAGUGGUGUGUGGUAAAUUCUGCCUUGGCAUCGGACCACAAAGCCAUGCAUCGACAAAACCCAUUACUUGUUAGUUGACGAAUCUUUGGAAAUGUGUAAUAAACUACUUCUUUGUUUCAGUCCAUCCUA